UGUUACGCAAGUGUUGAGAGAACGUUAGCCAUUCUGUGUUGGUGUAAUUCGGUGCUUUCCUGCUAGAGACAAAGGUGUCGAACUAGCCGACUGUCUGCGCUGUAUCUGCUCGAUGGCACGCUUUCACGCCCUCUCGUUCGCGAUGAAACAGCAGGAACCCGAGGCAUUCGAACGUAUCGUCAGCCAGCUCGAGGAAACGUACUACAGUGCGGCGCUAGAACCGUGGCACGGCCCGUUCAUGCAGCGGAUCGUGACCAUCUGCAAGGAAGCGCUAGACAUCGAGUGCACGGAAAGUCCCGACCGAUACACGGCGAACUUCAGGCGCGACGCCCAGGCCUUCCUGAACAGCCCGAUCUACGGCAUGAUGGUGGAGCUAGCUAACACCCGCAACCGGUACGCGGUCAUCACGCACGGCGACUGUUGGCUGCCUAACUUCCUCCUCCGCCCGGACCAGGUGCGCAUGAUCGACUUCCAGAUGGUGCGGUGCGCCUCGCCCGUGCUCGAUCUCGUCCUGUUUGUGUACUGCUGUACCGAUCAAGCGCUACGGGACACACACUACGAUCAGUUGCUGAGCGCGUACUAUCACGCGUUCGCCGAACUGCUGGCCGAGCUCGGCACGGACCCGCAGGCGACGUUUCCCGCCAGCGUGCUUGCGGCCGAGCUGCAGCAGUUCGGCCGGUUCGGGUGCGGGAUUGCGGUCGAGUCGAUCCCGCUGGCCCAGCUGGACGAGUCGGAUGUGCCGGAUCUGGACCGUCUGGAGGGUACGGAACCGGUGCCGCUCGAUCAAAUACUGACGGUCCGAAGCAUCGGGACGCAGUACGGCAGGCGCCGGCUGGUGGACGUGCUGCGCCACGCGUACGAUCGUGGCUAUUUAUGAAGCAAGUGCACGCAGUGGUGAGUGAACACGCGCACAACAGCUGCAACAAUCUGGCGGUAGUUUAUUUCUUCGAUUAUUUCUAAUUUACUUUAUUGAUGUUUUGCGUGAACUGUUCACAGUAGUUUGGGAUUUCUGAUCGGGUUACUGCACGGUUGCAGUAGUUUAGCAAAUGGGUGUUUAUCAUCGGCAUUCCCUAUCAGUGAGCUUUGCGUAUUUGGGAGUUUUAGUUGCUUAGUCUUACGGUUUCUUGUUUUUGUUUUGUAUUAUCUUCUUUAUCUUCUCCUUUGUUGUCUACUUGUACCAACGGAACCCCUUCAACAUUAGAAAUGUUUUUUUUUUUGCUUUUCUUCUCCUUUUUACAAUUCUCCAUCGAUGCAGAAUCUUCAAAAUUAUUCCUUUCGCCCCCUUUUUUAUUAACGGCGCUUCACAGUUUUCUGAAGCUUUCUUACGCUUUAGUUUAUGCUUUAGUUUUAUGACUUUUUUCUUAUUUUUUUUAAUCAUCGUUUCAUAUUUUCUUAUGCAAUAUGUCAAUUGAAAAUAAGUCUUCCGUUUUAUAGCUUUACUUGCCUGUCUGUUGCAAGUUUAAAUGUUCCAUCAUAGAGAAAUAGAGUGAAAGAAACAAACUUUACUAAGCCUAUAGUAAUUGUGGUGGAUGCUUGAUCCUUCGUUUAAAUCACUUAUCCCGGAUGUCUGGAGCAAAACUUCUGCAUUAUGGAGAAAUUUUAACUAACUGUGUUUAAGAAUUUUAAGAAACUAUAAGUAACCAUUUUCCAUUCAAUAGAGCAAUAGAAAGUGUAGCAAUUUUAGUACAAGGUUGCCUGGUUUGCUGUGUUCUGGGAAUCGUUUCGGGAAGU